AUGAAUAUCUUCUGUUUGUCCCACUACUAUUGCCAAUUGUUGAGAAAAUGGAUUGCAAUUUUUAUACCAUCAAAAUCAAUUGGUGGGGUUUUGUUGCCCAAAUCAAUUGUCAAGUUUGAGAGGUACCUGAUAAUGGAGAUAGUUUCAGUUGGUGUCGAAGUGGGAAAAGUGGAGCCUAGAAAGAAGAAUUAUUAUACUUUUGCAGUUUUUUUCUCGGAUAUAAAUGCUUAUGAGGUGGAUUUGGGAACAGAUACUAGGCAUGUGUUUUGUAAAGAGAGUUACUUGUUAGCUGAAGUUGAUUGA